AUGAAAUUCACACAGAAUAUUGCCCUGGCUGCAGUUGCCAUUUUCGGUUUGUGCGGUUGUGCAUUGGCCAACUAUGGAGCUCCUUCAUACUCCGGUGCCGCCGCUCCUGCCGCAUAUGUCGAAGCUGCACCCGCCUAUGGGCGUUCUCAAGCCGACCCCGUCUACUCGCCCGAAAAUGCUGAUGCUGCUGCAUCGGCCUAUACCGAUGUUGCUGCUGCCAAAGCUUCUGCCGCCAAGUUGCAACAUCUGAACUUGGCUGCCGUUGAUCGUUAUGGCUAUCAAAUUGGUGUACCUCUAUUGGUUCGUAACUACGGCCGUUUGACCCCCUUGUACUCGGCCUUGGCUCCCAAACGUAGUUUUGUUGGAACCGUCGAUGCUGGUUAG